AUGAUCGAAGACACGACACGUUGGCUCGAGGUCACUGUUCAACCCGAAAAGGACUAUCUAGCUACCGCAGAGAGCUUCGACAGUGGUUCUGCUGAUAUCCCAGCCCAAGUUAAGUCACCCACGAUCAAGGACCUGAGUUUACUGAACUACGGUGUUAAGGCGAAGCCCAAUACCGUGAAGAGCCCGCAAGCCAAAGCUAUCUGCGAGAGGGCUCAUCUCGAACUGCUUUACAUCAUCCGAUGCUAUAAGAAUGUCGACUGA